CUUGACGAACUUCCUCUUUCUGCGAAGCAACAUGAAGGACAGCCGGAAGUGGGCUGCGUCUCAUUCAUAGCUCUGGUUUUGGUACGAAAAUGCGUUAUGUAAAUAAGUUAUAAAACGUUUUAAUGUACAAAUGGUGCUGUUAUUAAUAUAUGAGGAAGUACAUGUGUGGAAAAGGGAGGCCGCGUAACGUUUGCACGCGCCGACGCCAUCUUGUGCCAAUUAAGCAUGUUUGAAAGAGAGUUGGAAUUAUUCGUGUUGUAGAAUCACAACAAACGUCGACACUGACGGCAUCGCAGUCAGCCAAGGAGAAUGCAAACGGAUGAAGCUGAGAGUGGAGCUUUUCAUCACAAAGAUAUCAGAGGGGCCAGCAAGCCGGCUCACCGUGACAUCUGCAUUGUUCCGUCCUCUGAUUGGUUGGUGAGAGCAAAACAGGCAGGGGGAGUCUGCAUCCUGCCGUGAGUGGCUCAGAAAAGUUAACACCACUCUGGGCCUGGAGGAUCACAUGAGGCCAUCCGUGAGUCCCCGACUGAACAUGUGGACUUCCUCCUGUCCGGAUCGCAGGACAUCGAUGACAGCAACACACAGGACCAACCGGGCCGUGAAGUAGCACGCCGUAUUCCUGGACUCCUUGCGGAUAUUUCAGUUUUCUUAAGUGACGGAUUUGGAUGGGCAACAUUUAUCUGUAAAAGGAGGGAUUACCAUCUAAUAGCACAGUGAGGAAAAGUGUUGCUCAUGGACACUGAGGGCCAUGAAUGGAGUGACGGUGAGGAAAGUGAAGGAAGUGAGGACGACUUCACCUCCGAGGUCUGCAUUGAAAUGAAAGCCUUGCCCCCCUCCCUCGACAGUUCCCCACGAUCCCCCGGGGGGGCCGCCCCACUAUUUGAGGAAAAAUCAAUAUUAUGGGUGGGCGGAUAUUUUAUUAUCGAACAUCCAUACUUAUUAUUAUGGAUAAAAACUUCUUUCUAUAUGAUUAGGUGUGAUUAAUUAUGAGUUAACUUCAGACAAAAUGUGAUUAAUUACGAUUCAAUAUUUGAAUGGUCCGACAGCCCUAGUUAUGACGCAAUAACUGUCUUGUAUCAACGUAUGAAAACUAACGUGAUUGGUUGGUUGGUCCUUGGAGGGGAGCUAUGCCGUUGAGCCCAGCUGCCACCCCCGACUGGACACGGACGUCGAGGCCGUCAGGAGUCUCUAUUCCCAUAGCGCAGUCUCUACCAGGUGAAUAUGGAAAUAUAUCAUCACAUCAGAAAGAAAGAAUCCCACCAUCUUUCCUCUCCUUCCAGGGAAUAUCAGUGGCUUGAUGACAUCGACGUGGAUUUGAACAUUAAAGCCAACUUUUUGGAUGGGGAGGCGGCCAAGGCCUGGAGUGUAAAUCCAACCGAGCCCAUCACUGUGCGUCUGCACUUCUCUUUGUCGCAAUAUCUGGAUGGACCAGAACCCACAGUUCAAGUCUUCCAGCCGUCUAAUAGACAUCAUUUCAAGCUUGGGAAACAACUGCAGAGUGUAAUUGCAGCCUUCAUAUCUCAAGAGUGGAAACAUCUGACAAAUGACAACAUGGUCGUCUGUCAGAAGAGGAAACACAGCUGGUUCAGGCCUAGCGGAACCAUGAAGAAAUUUGGUGCCAGACUCAGCAUCUGGAUGCCGCUGUCCAAAUCCAAUACCAUCCAAGACCGCAGCCUGAGAGGAAGGAUCGUUUUGCCUGCCAUGAAACUCAACCAAUUCACCAAUCGCACAACUUCGUACAACAUCAAGAAUCCAUCAGGAGAACUUUUCACGUACACCCCCAGUGGAAAGAGAGUGGUGGUGUCAGGAGUGAAAUCAUCAGCUCAACUCAGCACCAAGCAGCUGAUUGAGCUCCUGUUCUUCUCUCAGGCCAUCGGGCAUUGUAAGACCACCCCAACGCUCCAACAUGGCUUCCUGGUGCAGGUUAUGAGGUAUGCAGAGCAGAGAAUGGCUACGUUGAACGAAUACUGCGUGGUUUGUGAUGAGAGACACGUUUUCCAGAACGGCCCCAUGUUGAAGCCUGCGGUGUGCACCAGGGAACUCUGCGUCUUCUCCCAUCACACCAUGGGGGUUAUGGCAGAAGCCACGGAGGAGGUCGCCACGGGUGCAGAGGUGGUGGACCUGCUGGUUGCCAUGUGCAGGGCGGCUCUACAGUCCCCACGCAAGAACAUUAUAUUUGAACCUUACCCAUCCGUUGCAGAUCCAAACAACCCCAAAAUUCUGGCUUUUAGUCCGAAGAGAAAGAGCUACGAGAGGCUACAAAAAGCCCUGGACAGUAUCCUGUUCAUUCGGAGGAUGGCACAGGGUCCUUAUUCUGACAUUAAAAAGCAGAUGGACAGGAUGGACCCUCUUGCAGUUCCUCUUCUACAAUGGAUUUUAUCCAGUAACAGAUCUCACAUCGUCAAGCUCCCAGCCAGCAGGCAAGUGGCGUUCAUGCACACGCCUCACCAGUUCCUGCUCAUCAGCAGCCCCCCCAGCAAAGAGGCUCGUUUCCAAACCGCCCGCAAGCUUUAUGGCAGCACUUUUGCUUUCCAUGGUUCCCACAUUGAAAACUGGCAUUCUAUUUUAAGGACUGGACUUGUUAAUGCCUCCAAUACCAAGUUUCAGAUGCAUGGAGCAGCGUACGGCAAAGGCAUCUAUUUAAGCCCAAUCUCAAGCAUCUCCUUUGGAUAUUCUGACAUGGGGAAGGGACAACACCAGAUACCAACCAAGGAGGACCUCCUGAAGAAAUAUAACCACAUCCAUAAAGUCCAACAGGAUCCGCCUGGCAGGUUUCUGCAAAGCAGGAACCUAAACUGUGUUGCGCUUUGCGAAGUAAUAACCACAAAGGACCUCAAGAAGCACGGGAACGUGUGGGUGUGCCCCGUAUCCGACCACGUGUGCACACGUUUCCUGUUUGUGUAUGAAAACGGCCGCGUGGGAGAUGUCCACAUCAACACUCAGGACUCCGACAUUCAGAGACAAAUUUUACACGUCAUUGCAACCAGGCCAAGCUGAAAAAAGGACGGAUAUACGUACCAUACAGGUGGUCACAUGACGUUUUGGGGUUCCAAUCGAUUGAUUAACUGAUGCCAAAGUAGAUCAUGAGGUUUGAGCAUUUGGAAGUGAGCCCCGGAAUCAAUGAAACCUGAACUUCCUUACACGGGCUGCACUCAGUAAACACACGGGGGUCCUUGGGAACGUUUGGGAGAGUGACCAAUCACAGUGGGGCGGGGGUGGAGUCAAGUUACACACACCUCUUGGGCGGUAGGCAGGAAAUCCAAGGAAUCAUUGCUGGAAGGGGUGCAGAAUCCGGAAGAUCUAGAAAGCCGUAGCUGCUCUACAGGAGUCCAUAACUCAAUGCAAGGGUCCAUUUAAGUCCUCAAUCUCCAAUCUUAAUUCAGAUCUUUUUAGUCACUACGAGGUUAGCCCUUUUUUCCGACACUAUUUUACAACAUCUGUGCAAAUGAUAUGCAAAUGAGAUGAUGACACACCGAGGAUAGCCAAUGAUUACCUUUUGUCACGCCCUGCAGUGACACCAAUUAGCUGCUUCAGGUGAGCAGCCUGUUGGUUUCUCUUUGGUUGUUUUGCUUUGGUUUUCCUUCCGAGCUUCCUGUACGGUUUUGUGUCGUCAUUUCAGACCUUGGCGGUCCUGAUGGGAGGAGCUACCUGACAAGCUUAUCUGUGCUACACCUUUGGUGGCAGGGGGGCGUCGUUCCAUUGCUCCUCAAGGACGCCCGCCAACUCCUAGCUUUUCUUAUUGAGAGAGAUUUACGAUCGUCUGCUCUUCGCCUUCCUGCCUGCCAGGUAGCUUCUCCCAGUCUUUCGCCAAUAAUUAGAUACCGUAUUUAGUCUUUAAUAUGGUGCUUUUAGUUGCAUUUAUAAUUUAUUGCACAAUAGUUUUCCGUUAUUGCAUUUUUGCCUUAUGGCUGCUGUGUGCGGUAGAACGGAUAUUAAAAGACUCUUUCUUCAAAUCGACCUGCUUGUCUGGGAUUCAACCCAUCCUGAAGCGUGAGAUAUUUUGGAGGCGUACGAGUGUGUUCAGUGUUCAAAAUGCAUGUCUGUUGGUUUCUCUCCCAGAGGCGAGCGUUGAACGUAACAAAAAAAAAAUUCCCAAUAUUCUUUGACCAUUAGAGUCCCAAAGAUCAACCAGUACCUCGCAAUUGACGAGUUGACUGAGUCACAGUGUCAUCUUAGUAAGAACACUAAAUUCAUCACACAGCAACUUAAUACACAAAAGGUGUUUUUUAAGUUUGAAAUGACAAAAAACCCAAAUUUUUCAAAGUUUGAAAUGAAAUGAACACGGCAAAGAACACAACUAAACAUCCAGCUGGAGCACAAUGUUUUGGCAUGAACUAUAAAUUCAUUCAUUCAUUUUCUACCGCUUAUCCUCUGGGACCCUGUUGUACAUUCUUUGAGUUGUUGAAAGAGAACAGUAAACUUGCAAAAAUGUCAUUUAUAGUGGCUGCACGGCGGCCGAGUGGUUAGCGCGCAGGCUGACCGUGCAUGUGUGGUUUUUCUCCGGGUACUCCGGUUUCCUCCCACAUUCCAAAAACAUGCUAGGUUAAUUGGCCACUCCAAAUUGUCCAUAGGUAUGAAUGUGAGUGUGAAUGGUUGUUUGUCUAUAUGUGCCCUUGGAUAGGCUCCAGCACCCCCGCGACCUUUGUGAGGAUAAGCGGUAGAAAAUGAAUGAAUGAAUUUAUAGUU